AUGGCAAUGUUUGGUGUUAUAGUCUCUGGACGUCUGGUCCAAACCGAAUUUACCCCCAUAAGUGAUAGGCAAUUUGUGACAACCAUACCAGAUGCUGAUAACAUCAAUCACAUUGUGGUGUUUCUAACGGGAGCAGUACCGUUUCCCGAAGGUACAGCUGGGCAAGUUUAUUUUAGUUGGCCAGACCCUAAUGCACCCCCAAACUGGCAACUGCUAGGCUAUAUAUCUAAUCAAAAGCCUUCUGUCAUAUUCAAAGUAUCUAGUCUCAAAAGAUUAGAAGAAAUGGGCGACUACUCAAAUAUGAUGUUCGGACAGAGCCAUAUAGUUCAUAAUGCACAAAUAGGAAUAUCGAUAGAGCCAAUUCAAAAUAUUCAAGAGGGGCCUCAACAAAAUAGUGCUGAACAACAUCUGAAUUUUGCUCAGAAGAUGCUGGAGAAUUUUAUGAAUUAUGUACUUAGCUACUCUGUAACCCAGGCUCAUAUGGUGCCUGAUCCCACUGCUACUUAUGUCCCUUUAUCAACUGUUCAGAAUUGGUAUACAAAUUUUGAAAGGAGACUGCAACAAAACCCAAACUUUUGGAAGUGAGAUUUAGUUCAAUGGCUAGGUUUUAGUUGAAUAUGAACAUCUGAUGCAUUGGCUUAAAGUCAAUAUUUACUUUUGAAGUAAAACUGCUAUUUUAAGCAUUUAUUUUAUAUUUGAGCCAAUUAACCUAUUCUUAGAUUUUACAUACAAUCAUAUUUGUCUAAAAAACUACUGUUAUGUAAUUACAAAUAUUAAGACUUACUACUUCUAUUGUAAUUUAUUAAAUUUCAUUUGAUGUGUGCUUUGUAGAAUUUUGAGUAGUCAUUUAAAGCAUUGAUUAAUAGAUCUUACCUGAUGAUCUCCAACCAAAUACUGUAUCCCUGUGCUUAAAAACAGAUCUGGAAAAAUCUAAGCACCAUCUCUGAGACAGUAGCAGAACACAAAUUUAGAAAUCGGCUUUCAAGAGUGGUUCUGCUACUGACUCAUUGAUGGAGCUAAGAUCUUAAAUUUCUUUUAGACACCUCACUAAUCCUAAAAAGAGCUAGGAUCUUGCAAACCUCUUGUUGGGCGCCAUAUACAGUAGAGGCAAAAGUUGUUUUCCCUUUGGGAUUCUCAUGUCUACAAGAGAGAGAGAAGCAGGGUAGAAAUAGUGCACCAUGAAAAUGCUCAGUGCCCAGCCCCACUUAUAUGGUGCACACUUUCAAACACUCCUCUCUAUUUCUUGCACACAUGGAGAUCCAAAAAGGAGCAUUCAAAGUCAUUUUCCAUGUUAACAGUUAAUUUGAUGUAGCACAUUAUAAAAUUGUGUAAUAUUUAUUUGCUUCACAUCUAUCCAAUUGAUUCCAAUUGGAUCAUUAAUUUAUAUAUUUUUAGAAAUAAAAUGUCUGUGCACAAUUGUUUGUUUAUAGUUUUCCUA